AUGGCUGUGGACCCGGCAAGAGCCGCGGAGAGCAACACCGCGAUGAUCUUGGCCGUGACAGGAACCUUCCAUCUGAUCGCGCUCAUUUUUGUCAGUCUACGAACGUACACCCGCGCGGCUAUCGUGAAGACGAUAGGGCUCGAUGAUUAUAUGAUGAUCAUGGCUGCGCUUUGCGCAUUGGGUGGAGGCAUGGUUAUUUUCAUCAUCCAGGCUCAAUAUGGACUUGGAAAACAUAGGGACACAAUCAGCAAGCUCGACUAUGUUGAAUAUUCCAAAGUUGGCUUCUUUCAGUCCAUCAUCUCUGCGAUCGCCGCCCUGGCUUUCCUCAAAAUUUCGAUCGCGCUGUCCCUGCUACGACUGAGCAAGAACCCCUGGUAUUCGCGAUCACUGUGGGCACUCAUUGUGUUUGUCGUCCUCUACACGAUCAUGGCAUGGUUGAGCUUCUUCUUGUACUGCAAGCCACUCGCCGGCUACUGGGAUAAGAGCCUCAAGCCCACCACUUAUGGCAUCACGUUGUUUGUCAACUUUGCCCUCAUCAACACAGCAUUCAAUAUCUUCACUGAUGUCUGCUUCGCAACGUUGCCGAUCCCCAUCAUUUGGGUAUUGCAGAUGAAGCUGCGCACCCGAGUCUAUCUGAUCAUCGUCUUGAGUCUCGGCUAUUUUGCCGUCAUCAUGGGAAUCAUCAAGGCCGUCUAUCAGAUUGCUCAGCCCGGUAACAAGGACGGAACCUUCUAUCAGAGUGUCCAGUUCUGGGGAUUUCUCCAGCUUAACCUCGGUAUCAUCGCUGCCUGCGCACCCGCACUCAAGCCUCUCGUGGGCAAGGCCCUCAAGAUCUCCUCGAGUCAACGAUACAACAGCAACAAUCUUUACGAAAACCGAUACCCGACCGGGCGUACCGGCAGAACUGGUAAUGGCACAUCGAACGCUCGAAGGCAAGGAUACAGGGAGCAGGGUAGCCAAGGAGCGCCUGACUUUGAGCUCGAGGACGGCCCUUUCUCCCCAAGCACGGAGAUGUACCGAACAACCAUCAAAGGGGGAAAUCACCCGGCGGCGGUGGCAGUGUACCAGAACGGGCGCAGCUUUGGGGGGCGAUCAGGAAGCGAAGAGUCUAUUUUGGUCUCGGAUCAGAAGCUCAAUGAUCAUGGUAUCAUGAGGACUACAGAAGUUUCGAUACAGCGUUAG